AUGAUUUAUUCUAUUGUAAGAAAAACUAUUUAAGCUAUCAAUUCAACAUUUAAAGAAGCUAUAGACUAUACAAGCACUGCAUUAUAUGAUUUACUUAUUUCUCAUCCAAUAGAUUCAUUAACAUAUGAAAAAUUAUGUGAAAGACUAACAGGAUAAUAAAAAAGAAUACUUGUUGUAAAUGUAGGUACUGGAGUUCCCUUGAAUAAAGUUUUGGAUAGAUUUCCAUUGAAUUGUGACAUUACUGCCAUCGAUAUAAAUCAAAAUUAUUUAAGAAAAGCGAAUCAAUUAUUUAAAGAUAAACCUUAAGUCAAAUUAUACUAGCUAAAUUUCAACUAAAUAAAUCAAGCAACCUUUGGAACCUUUGAUGUUAUUGUAUUCUCUUCAUCCUUUUUUUUAUUGUAAUAGCCAACUGAGAUAUUAUAAUAAGCUAUAUCAUUACUUAAUCCUGGAGGAAGAAUAUAUUUUAUGGUUAUCUUAUCAGAAUAUCAAUUUUUUGAUACCUUUAAGUAUAUUACUAGCAUAGAUUUGCAUUUAUCAGCCGAAAGAGAUUUCUAGUAGUUUAUAGAAUAAUCUUAACUAAAAAUAAGUCAUAAAUAACGUUUACAAAAAGUGACGAAUAUAACUACAUUACUUUUAAAACUUUUUAUUUAUGAAACUCAUGUUUGA